GGUAUCUUUGGUCUUAACUCUUACGACUGUAUACUCCAUCCACAGAUGUUUUCCCUCUUGCGCUCGUGUUUCAGCGGCGUUAAGCCUAGCCCAUUUGCCUCUCCGGUUUCCUCCCUCACACACCUCACCAAGCGCUUCACGCACGAAUACGCGCCUAGAUACAAGAAGGUCAGAAAGCAGCAAAAGGGUAGGGUCCCUGUGAGAAUUGGGGGGUCCACUAAGGGGUCUUCCGUAGAGUUCGGGACCUAUGGAUUACGCUUGAAGUCUGUUGGUGUCAGAUUGUCUGCUCUCCAAUUGAAGGAGGCUGACUCUGCGUUGAUGAAGGUUAUCAGGCCAACUGGCGCCCAGGUCUUUAGAAGAAUGUCCACAAACGUUGCCGUGUGUACUAAGGGUAACGAGACCCGUAUGGGUAAGGGUAAAGGUGCGUUCGACUACUGGGCUGUCAGAGUGCCUACCGGUAAGGUGCUUUUCGAGAUCAGCGACAAGGCCCACGAGAAGGUUGCCAGAGAUGCCUGCAGAAAGGCCUGGGAAAAGCUUCCAGGUGUCUACGAGUUUGUUAAGCUCGGCGACGUGGCCAAGAUUGGUCUCCAUGAGUACAGAGACGGUAACGUCACGGUCAACCACUUUGAGAAGAUGGAGACCAACCCAACCAGAGAGUACUUGAACUUGAUGAAGUCCAAGAUGCCGGAAUACAGACUGUUCAGAAACCGCUAGGUCCGCUCGGUCAGAGGCUUGUAUAUAUAUGGUAUUCGAUU